GAGCUGGGCGUAGCAGGAACUGGUAUUCUAAUUUUCCCACCACACUGCGAGGCUGAUUGUAUCAUCGUCACUGUUAUUGUAGCGUAAAAGUGAUGGAUUCAUCAGGUUAAAUUGUGAUAUAGAGAGUGGUCAAAGUGUUUUGUAUAUCAUCGAAGAAAAAUACACCUUUUUUUUGACCAGCAGCUGUGUCCAAACAGUCUAGAUAAUGGACGGCCAAGUGACAGUCAUUACCAAUCCCACUGUGAAUGUGCGUCUAACAAGCACCAUCUCUUCCUUUGAGGUGCAGCGCAGGUUCAAUAGAGGGAUUAGUAUUGCAGAACUGAAGGGUAAAUUGGAGAUGGUUGUGGGUGCACCUGCCUCCAGCAUGGACCUGGAGUUAUUCAGUGUCUCUGACAAGUUCCUACAGAAAAUGGACGACAGUGAAGCUUUGCUGGGUUCCUAUCCUGUGGAUGAUGACUGCAGAAUACAUGUGAUUGAUAGAAGUGGAGGUCAGAUGGGCGAGUUCACAGAUGUUUCCAAAGUACAGAAGUUUGAACUCUCAGAUGAAGCAUAUGAUAAGAAAACAGACACGGCAAGGUCAUUCAUGAGGAAACAACGUAUUGGUCACUUCAAUGAGGAAGAAAUGGCCAAGAAGAAAGCUGAGCAUGCUGCUCGUGAGGAGGAACAGAAGGCUGCUGCUGAUGUCAUUUCUGUUGGCAGCCGAUGCAAAGUGCAGGUCCCUGGGCAGCCCACGAAGCUUGGCACAGUCAUGUAUGUCGGUACAACAGAUUUCAAGCCAGGCUAUUGGGUGGGUGUGAAGUACGAUGAGCCCCUAGGAAAGAACAAUGGAAUUGUUGAAGGGAAGCGAUACUUUGAAUGUGAGAACAAAUACGGUGCAUUUGUGAAGCCCCUGAGUGUGACCGUGGGAGACUUCCCUGAGGAGGAUUAUGGUCUAGAUGAGAUGUAGGCCUGUGUAGUUUGCAGUUUUUCUGUCCCUGAAAUUUAAACACCCAGCUUAAGUUAUCCAUUCACCAACCGAGAGAUGAUGGAGAGUCUUUUUUAAAUUGUUUUUUAUUUUGUUUUUGUCCCAUGCUACUCUGGAAGCCUGAUCCAAAGGCAUUUUAGCCUCAGUAACUUCAGUGCAACAUGACAGGAGUGACUGUCAGGUGGUGGUCUCUUGGUGCACUGGAAAUGAAAAUGAUACAGGAUAAUCACAAGAGCAGCUCACACCAACAAGGUUUGAUAAAGGAGACUAUUUGUUGAUGUGAGGCAGCAUAAUGAAAGUUAACAUGAAGUUCUCCACUUCACACAUUUAUAUUCAGUUUAAUUUUCUUGCUUCAGUAGUACUUGUUGCUCCCAUGCUUUCUCAGAAUGGGAGUGUUCAGUGUCAUCUGACAGUCAUGUUGACAGUUUGGAUACAAGCUGCAUUUUCCUCAUUUAGUUUAUAUCAGUGUGUACAAAGACGAUUGUAUAUAACUGUUUAUAGUUAACUGUAGUCUGAAUAUUUUUUGACGAUUGUAAAUUGCUGAGUGGUCUAAGGAUUGGACAACUGUUUGCUGAAGGAAAAAUUUAUCCUAAAAUACUUUGACACUAAAAUCUAAAGUUGCAUUGUCACUUGUUGCCCUGACUAUGAUGUUCAGUUGAGUGAAACUGGAGAAACAUUUCCAGUUAUUUGUUUUAAAUCAGUUUUCAAUGGACAGAUUCAUUCUAGCAUUUUUCACUAACAAAUGACAGACAAGAAAUUCACAGCUCAAGAGACAAAAACAAUAAAUCCACAUCAGCAGUUGCCUUAGUAGUCCAUAGUGAAGCACAGCUGCUGGUUGUAUUUUGGGUCAGGGGUUAGCACUUUCACCUUUUUGAGCAAAAACUCUUGUUUUUAUCUGUUAUACUUGCAGUUAUUGUUGUUUACAUAGAUGUACAAUGCCUCGGGUAAGAGUGUUAAAGUAUGCAACAAUAUAUAGUUCCCUUCUAAAACAACUUAAAAUUCCUUAAAUUUCAUUUUGUGUUUGUAUGUGGUGUGUAAAACAGUCCCAUUUUUUGGCUUCCAAGUGGAUAUGAUGUUAAACAUUUAAUUGUCUGCACUUAAAUGUAUCUUGCUUAUAUUGAACCACUGAAAUAAAAAAAUACUGUUGCAAGUUUAAAA